CGUCCCAGAACCCACUCGCUUUCCUUCUCCGUUUCUUCAGCGACCCGAGAUGCCUCGUGGAGAUCGGGAGAGCGACUGGGUGAGUGAGAGGGAAAAGGAGCAGUUCCGUAAACUAUUCAUUGGUGGGUUGAGCUUUGAAACAACAGAAGAAAGUUUGAGAAACUACUACGAGCAAUGGGGAAAGCUAACAGAUUGUGUGGUCAUGAGAGACCCUGCAAGCAAACGUUCACGAGGGUUCGGCUUCGUAACAUUCUCGUCCAUGGCUGAAGUUGAUGCGGCAAUGGCUGCCAGGCCUCAUUCAAUUGAUGGGAGGGUGGUUGAGCCCAAGAGAGCGGUAGCUAGGGAGGAAUCUGGAAAGCCUGGAGCUCAUGUUACUGUGAAAAAAUUAUUUGUUGGCGGAAUUAAAGAAGAUACUGAGGAACACCAUCUUAGAGACUACUUCUCGGAAUAUGGAAAAAUUGACACAAUUGAAAUAAUUACAGAUAGGCAAUCUGGUAAAAAGAGAGGAUUUGGAUUUGUUACCUUUGAUGACCAUGAUCCUGUGGAUAAAAUUGUGUUGCAGAAAUACCAUACUAUCAAUGGUCAUAAUGCAGAAGUAAGAAAAGCCUUAUCUAGACAAGAAAUGCAAGAGGUUCAGAGUUCAAGGAGUGGAAGAGGAGGUAACUUUGGCUUUGGAGAUUCACGUGGAGGAGGUGGAAACUUUGGUCCAGGACCAGGAAGCAAUUUCAGAGGUGGAUCUGAUGGCUAUGGAGGUGGUCGUGGAUUUGGCGAUGGAUACAAUGGAUAUGGUGGAGGACCAGGAGGUGGCAAUUUUGGUGGUAGUCCUGGUUAUGGAGGAGGAAGAGGAGGAUAUGGUGGUGGAGGACCUGGAUAUGGCAACCAGGGUGGGGGCUACGGAGGUGGUUAUGACAACUAUGGAGGAGGCAAUUAUGGAGGAGGAAAUUACAAUGAUUUUGGAAACUACAACCAACAGCCCUCAAACUAUGGUCCUAUGAAGAGUGGAAAUUUUGGUGGAAGCAGGAACAUGGGGGGAGGACCAUAUGGUGGAGGAAACUAUGGUCCUGGAGGAAGUGGAGGAAGUGGGGGAUAUGGAGGGAGGAGUCGCUAUUGAGCUUCUAUAAGCUUUUCAUGGGCUUCACUGUAUAAAUAGGAGAGGAUGAGCCCAGAGGUAACAGAACAGCUUCAGGUUUUCGAAAUAACAUUGUUAAGGAAACACUUAUCUCAGUCAUGCAUAAAUAUGCAGUGAUAUGGCAGAAGACACCAGAGCAGAUGCAGAGAGCCAUUUUGUGAAUGGAUUGGAUUAUUUAAUAACAUACCUUACUGUGGAGGAAGGAUUGUAAAAAUGCCUUUGGAGACAGUUUCUUAGCUUUUUAAUUGUUGUUUAUUUCUAGUGGUCUUUGUAAGAGUGUAGAAGCAUUCCUUUGAUAAUGUUAAAUUUGUAAGUUUCAGGUGACAUGUGAAACCUUUUUUAAAAAUUUUCUCAAAAGUUUUGAAAAGCUAUUAGCCAGGAUCAUGGUGUAAUAAGACAUAACGUUUUCCUUUUAAAACUUUAAGUGCGUAUGUAGAGUUAAGAAGCUGUUGUACAUUUAUGAUUUAAUAAAAUAAUUCUGAAGGAAA